UCCUGAAGGCACCAAAACGGCCACCACCCCCUCUAGUCCCCCAGACCGGUUUGAAGGAAGAGCUGUCGGAUUGUACUAAACCAGAAGUCAGCAUCGCUUGAGGGAAAGUAGCGCCAACAGGGCAGCAGCGACAAAAACAAGCUUUUAUGCAAGACAAUCCAUCGUGGCGUUGAACUUGACGCAAACCCUUGAACAAAGGAAUAUAUCCGUGUGGAAUACUGAAGCCAAAAACGAACAACUUUGAGGACCCGCGCCUGCCAAAAUUUAGCUUUUUAGCGCCAACCUAAAAAGAAACUUGACACAUUGUUGCAAGUAAAUGCAACGGAUAACCUUAAAAGAUACUGUAUCCACCGCAGGGAAAGGAUACAUUUUCAGAAAUUAACGUCGUUCUAUUCUUAACCAGUUCAAUACCAAAUAUAGUAAUUGUGUUAUUAAAUGUCCUUGAACGGUGCCCUGGUUUGUGGUAACAUUGCCAAAGUUUAUAAUAAAUAAAAAAACGCUGAGCUGAUAUUCAGUGAUUGAAUAACCUGCACGUGCCAAAUUGUAUGUUUGAUCAUACAACCAACGAGUAGCCUACUAGCGUAUGGCCCCAGCUAAUUCUUUUUUCUCAAGAAGUUUGCAAGGCUAGUGUUUCCAGAUUAUAUUACCCCUACAGCUCGGUCGCUUUGUUUGAAUGACUGACUGUCAACAGAAGCCAUUUUUAAACCUGAUUUUUACUACGCCUUUUUGAAGCGUUUCCACAUACAUUUAUCUGGAGACUAUAGAUCAAGGCGCUGAUCCUCAAGAAAACGUCUUUAUAGAAUUGCCUAUUCUAUUUAUCACGUGAAGGAGCCUACAUUUUGAUUUUCCAACAUGACUUCCUACAACCGUGCAGAUUCAUCCUCAGUACCAGUUUUAUUAUCCACGCUUGUUUUAAUGCUCGGCUUGGCAGCGCGAUGCGUAGUGCAGGCCAUGCCUUCGGAGGAGAGCCCUCAAGCGGCCCCAGCAUCAGUCAGUCUCCGGUCCCUGGUCACGGGGACCUGUAAAGAUGUCCACAAAUACGUGGAGUCCGUGGUGGGAACCAAUGUAAUCGAAACGACUGUUGAGAGUGUGCUGUUGUAUCUAGAGUCAGUACUUGGGCAAGAGAACGUCUAUACCAUGACCAUGUUCUUUGAGAUGUUGAUCCGGUUUCUGGCUGAGGGAGCUGCCAGCGGCCUGAAUGUCAUCGCGGUUUACGUCAUAGAGAUCCUCAGGGUCACAGGAGUUGAUGUCCAGCUGCCGUUCCCUCACUUUACCCCAGAGGGCGUGGCCUCAGUAGGUCAGUGGGCUCUGCUGGCUCUGAUUGGCUACUGGGUGCUGUCCAUUGUCCUGCGCCUAUUGGUGGGCGUGGUGAGGAGGGUGUUCUGGAUGCUGAAGGCGGGCACAGCGCUGUGGCUCUUCGGCCUGAUCGUCAGCGAUUCCAAGGCUGGUUCAGACACCACAGCUGUCCGGUUGGCAGGCCUGGUGCUCGGGUGUGCCCUUCUGGGGCUUGCCAGCUACGGAUCAGAAAAGACAGUCCACGUGGAAGACCGCCUGAGCAUCCUGGAGGGAAGGGUGAAGGCGGUGGAGAGGAGGAAGGGAGAUGAGUGAUGGAAUAGGGGAUUGGAGGAUAGUUGGAAGGAUAAGGAGGAUGAUGGUUGUGAUGUUGGGGGUCUCUGUAUGUGUAUGUUACUCAAGUGAAAAUAAAGCAACCUCUGGGAUUUUUUGAUUGAAAUGCG